UAGAACGUCGGAAGCCAACCGGGACAAACAAGAGUCCUUUCAUGCUCGUUCGUCAAGAGCAUGGCAUUUCUUGCAACUCUCGGGAUGCUUGUGUUAUAUGCCAGCAUUUUCAUUCUAGUCUUCGGGAUUGCAGGGCUGAUUUAUUACGAUCAGACCAGGAUACACAUCCCACCGGGAGUCAAAUACCCUGGUAAAUUACGGAUUUACCAUUCAAUUAUCCAGUUUUUAGGGUUUUGGGCACUCAUCUGUGAGAAGCUUGGCAUUUGCCACAGGUAUAAAGCCAUUGGCACUUUCUAUAAAGUAAUCCCAUUGAAGAAGAGCUCAGCGUUGAUUAUCAAGAACUUGCUUUUUGAAGACAUUCCGGUGAGAGUGUAUUGGCCCAAAGCGACUUCUGGAAACAGAAAAGGAGUGGUUGUCAUUGCUGGAGGCGCCGGUCUUUUUGGAAACAUUUAUAUGGUUGACCAUCACUGCCGCUACAUUGCUGAGAAAACCGAUUCUGUAGCUGUGGCCAUUGGGUUUCGCCUGGCUCCGGAUCAUCCAUUYCCAAUCCCAGUGAUGGAUUGCUGCACGGCUACCAUACACUUUUUGAAAAAUGCAGAGGAAUACGGAGUGGACCCGAAUCGCAUUGUUGUCUUCGGAGAAUCUAGUGGAGGGACAUUUGCUACAGCUGUUUGUCAACAUCUGGCAACACAGAAGGAUCUCCCAAAGCUCCGAGGUCAGGUCCUUAUAUAUCCAUUCUUCCAAGCAAUCGAUUUCAAUUUGCCUUCUUAUCAGCAAAACMAUUCAGUUCCUUUUUUGUUCAAGAAACGAGCCUUGAUAUUUGGCAUGACGUUUCUGACUGGGAAGAGGAUCAACGUGGAGGGCKUAAUGAAGAACGCUCAUGUUCCCAAGCAUUUGUSGGCAAAAUACAGAAAAUGGAUCAAUCCUGACUACAUUCCAGAAGAAUUUAAGGSCAGGGGYUACGUGCCCAUGGAGCCGGCUCCGUUUUCCCAAGAACUUUAUGAAAUCUGCAAGGAAUGCAUUAACCCAAUGUUUUCCCCGCUUUUAGCAGAAGAUGACAUCAUCCGCCAGCUCCCCAAGACUUUCCUAUUAACCUGCGAAUACGAUACAGUCCGGGACGAUGGGCUCUUGUACAAGAAACGGCUAGAGGACAAUGGCGUCCCAGUGACAUGGCAUCACAUUAAGGAGGGCUUCCACGGAAUUACCUAUGGUUUUGAGAACCGGCUACUGGAGUAUCCAACUUUGAGAAGCCAUUACCAACAUGUGAUUUGUUUCCUUAACAAUUUAUAAAACAUUUCAUCAAUUUCCUUCAACACUUAUCAGUUCUUCUAAUAAUUCGGUUGAUGUGAACAUUGGGUUGACCGCUAUUCUAACAAACAG